AGCGAACCUACGAAACGAAACCCUCUCUUUCUCUCUUUAGCUCUCACAGUCUCUUUUGUCCCUCUUCUGACUCCGACCUUGCGAGAGCCGAGCGACCCCCCAAAAUUCCUCGUCGCCAUGUUUCGCCAAGCUACCAGACUUCUUUCCCGACCCUAUUUCUCAGCCCGCGCGCGGCCCUUCUCGACCGAUCUUACGUCGGCUCCGGCCGUUGACUCGUCCUUCGUCGAGACCUGGAGCAAAGUGAUCCCAAACAUCGACCCACCCAAGACCCCUCUCGCCUUCAUGAAGCCUCGCCCUCCCACUCCAUCUACCAUGCCUUCCAAGCUCACUGUCAACUUUGUUCUCCCUUAUGCCUCCGAGCUCUCCGCCAAAGAGGUUGACAUGGUUAUAAUUCCAGCAACUACUGGGCAGAUGGGUGUUCUUCCUGGUCAUGUAUCAACUAUUGCAGAGCUGAAACCCGGGCUCCUGUCAGUUCAUGAAGGAAAUGACGUGACAAAAUAUUUCGUCAGCAGUGGUUUUGCAUUCAUUCACGCAAAUUCCUAUGCUGAUAUAAUUGCAGUAGAGGCUGUUCCACUUGAUAAAAUAGAUCCCAGCCUAGUCCAAAAGGGACUUGCAGAAUUCAACCAGAAGUUAAGCUCUGCUUCAACCGACUUGGAGAAAGCCGAAGCUCAAAUUGGAGUUGAGGUGCAUAGUGCCCUGAAUGCUGCCCUCACAGGCUAGUGUGUGUUACUACUACCUUCCUCAGUCUGCACUCUUGUUAAUUUAGUCACAUCUUACUUCUUGCAAGUUGCAUCUUUUUUAAUUCUGCCUCAUUUGAUGCUUCAUUUUGUCUUCUGGAGCCAAACUUGUCUCGGAACAUUUUAUUUGUUUAUGUGCUGAAUGUGGAAUUCAUAUUUAAUAAUCUUUAUCCAGUAUCAUGCUUUCAGAGAUGGCUGAGCAAACACUUGAAGAAAUUGUACUUAUAUAUCUACUCGACUCUUGUUUAUUUUUA